AUGCAAGUGUUCCUUGCACAACCUUCAGCUAUACCUCCUUUCAAUAUACAAGCCCUUGAAGACUACAUCAACAAUCUUUCAGAUGGAAGUAUAGAUGGCUUAAGUUCUUCUGAAUCAUCAACUGGAAGAGACCAAGUAGCCCCAGAACUAAUAGCCCCAGCUACUCCUGCUGAUUCUAUUACUUCUGUCUCAAGUGCUGCUACUCAUACCAUGCAAAUCCCAGUAGCACAGUCUACUCCCAGGAUUAGGAGCCAAGUAGAAGAGGAUAAUGUUAGGAAUAUACCUUAUAAUCCACCUUUAAGCAACGCUGCUAGAAGAGUUAGCCUUGCAGGCCCAAGUAUUCCUCUUAGAGAUCCACCUCCACAUGCUGACUUUAUUAAUCGCAGAUCUUCCUUGGGAGCAAAUCGGCAAUCCUCAGGAAGACCAGCUAUACCAGCUGAAUCCUUUACCAGAGUAUCUACAAUCCCAGAAGAGCGCUCCUCUAGACUAGCUGAAAGUGCCCACAGGAGACCUACCUCCUCUCCUGAAUCAAGAAGAACUCCUCUAAGUAUCCAUACCAAUUUACCUUACUUACAGGAGCAGCCAGCACCAGUUACUAGAGAAGAAGCUAAUAUGAGUAGGAGAGGAAACUUCUUAGCCCCUCUACUAGCACCUGUCCCACAACUUCAAGUACCUCCAGCACCACCCAUUGAUAGGACUAGGUUACCUCCUCAUAUUGUAGGACGUAUGGUCUCCUCUAGAAGGUUUAGUGAGCUGUUUAAUGAUCCACCUCCUAGGGAUCAACUUAGAGAUAGACUAGCUCCCUUAGCUGAAGGAGGAGGAGGAAAUGACCCACCAUAUGAUAGCGAUGAGGGAGAUUUUGAUAACUCUGGUAAAGAAGGAACAACCCACCUAGAAGGAAUGGAGGAGGACCUCCCAACGACCCAGAAGAUCCAGGAAAUGAACCAUAUGCUCAAGCAAAUGCAGCUAGAGCUAGACCUUUCAAUCCAGCUCCUGUACAUUUUGAUACUAAGCUGA